UUUCCCUUAUUUUCAAGUGUCGUUUUGCCAUUUAAAGUUAUUAAGCCUAUAGAGACUUUUAUUUUGAAAUUGCUGGUCGACGAACGGACGGCGCGAUGCGCAGAUGGCUCAUGGAAGGAGACGAGCAACAGUGAUCACAGUGUUAAAAUAUAGUUUUUUAAAGGUGUUUCAAAGUAUCUAGCUAUUCUAUCUUGCUGUUUAUAGCUUUUUUUGUAUUUUUGCCUUCGGUUACUUGGUUGAAAGAGGCACAAGGUUGGAAGAUGGCAGAUUACACAGAUGAUGAAGCUCAGAUGCUCUCGGAUAGUGAGGAAGAGUUCACCCUUUCCCUAGAGGAAGAGUGCGACUCCGACGAGGAACAUUUACAUUUUGAAGAGAGACUUGAUCCAGACGAGGAUUUCAUUUCUGGCGAGAAUAUGGCUCCAACUCAUACCGGAAGGGGACGAAGAAAGAAUCCUUCAGUUUUCAACACACUUGACAAUGAUACAGAAUCGAACGAUGACAAUGAUCAGACACCUGCUGCAAAGAGAGCCAAGACAGACACAAAGGCAAGCAACUUGCAGACCACUCUAUCAUGGAAAACCGAGACAGACGUUGACAUGGCACCAAAGACUCUGAGAUUCCUGCCAGCACGCGAACCUGGACCACAGCUGAGUCCUGCUGACGUUCACACUCCCCAGAGUCUCUUUAAAAUGUUUUUUCCUGAGAACGCUGUUUCAAUUUUGUGCCACAACACCAACGCUCAGGCCACCAAAGCAACUGCAAAUGGUUGCAAAUACAAAUGGAAAGACGUCAGCAUCAGUGAGAUGUACCGCUACAUUGGGCUGCUUCUUUACAUGAGCAUAAUGAAGUUGACCUCUGUCAGGGACUACUGGCGACAGGACAUUUUCUCUGUGCCUUUUCCUGCCACUGUCAUGUCGAGAGACAGAUUCCGCACCAUUUCGUGGAAUUUCCAAAUGAGUCACCCGGAAGAAGAUGAGGAAAAUGACAAAAAAAAGGGCACAUCUGAACAUGAUCAUCUAUUCAGGAUCAAACCUCUCAUGGACACCAUCCGUAUCGCUUGUAAAGCCAUGUAUCAUCCUAAAAGAAACUUGGUUGUGGAAGAAAGAAUAGUGCCAUGGAAAGCGGACCAAGAAAUGACACAGGAAACGAAAGCCAAGUCAACCAGGGACUUCAAGUUGUUUGUCCUUGCAGAUUUAUCUAAUGGAUACACUGUGGACUUUUCUGUAUACACUGGAAAAAACAGCUUUCCCACACGCCAUGGUUUAUCUCAUGAUGUUGUGACAUCUCUUUUGGACCGUAAAGUUUUAGGCUCUGGUUACCAUGUGUACAUGGACGAUUUCUUCACAAGUCCAGAGCUCUUGAAAGACUUGUUUUCCAUGAAGUUUGGUGCUUGUGGGACUUACAGAGACUCUAGGAAGGACUGUCCAAGGGCUGCAACCAAUUCACUUACAAAAGAAUCUGCCAGGGGAUCCAUCAGGUGGAUCCGGGAUGGACCUCUUGUAUUUGUGAAAUGGAUGGACACACAAGAGGUCUCUGUUUGUUCUACAAUCCAUUCUGCUUAUACAGGAGAGACUGUUCAGAAGAAGGUGAAAUCACAAGGUACAUGGAAGGCAAAGACAUUUCCAUGUCCUGCACCCGUCACUGCCUAUGAUCAACACAUUCACAAACGUGUUCACCUGACCAAUGAUCUGUUACAGUGCUUCACUGCACAGCACAAAACAAUGAAGUGGUACAGAAAAGUCUUUUACAACUUCUUGGACAUUGCUGCCACAAACGCUUAUAUUUUGCACAAAGAGCUGUAUGGUAACAUGUGCCACAAAGACUUCCUGAAAGGACUUAUUGAAGACCUCUGUGGUUCCUCAAAAAAGGCAACAGCAAAACAAACCGGCGGUGUCCAUGUGCCAAUACCUGGAGUUGAGCUAAUCUCAAAUGCAAGGAACAAAGCCACCACUGGUCGCCGGACCUGCAUGCUUUGCAAAGAGCAAGGUAAAAGGCAGGACACACCUUGGAAAUGCAGGGAAUGUGAUGUGCACUUGUGUGUUCAAUUAAACCGGAACUGUUUUCAAAAAUGGCACAACUGAAAUGACUGUGUGCACAAAAAUAUGCCACUUAUGCCUUUUUUAUUGUAUUUUACACUGUUUUGUAAAUAAA